AUGCCUGGUUGGAUCCUGUGUCUUCUUGCAUCAUUAAUCGUCUCAAUAAAUUGUGCACCAGCAGCCCAACAGUGUCCUGCGUCUUGGCAAUUUGAUUGGUCAGAUCUGAGAGAAAACAAAGACUUAUUUUGGUUGGAUGUUGGAAAUGCUUCAAACGGUUACAUCGCCGAGACACCCCACGACUUAAUUGUGAAAAGCAGAAAUUAUAGCGCCUCCAUAAGCGAUCUUCUUGUGACAAGCAAUAACACAAAUCCUGAAUGCGACAAUGGUCAUUUUGUGGUGAAGUCUAAUAGUUAUCUUUAUCAACCUGCCCACUGUACCAGUGUAGUCAGCUUUGGAAAGAAGGUGUCUAUGAAAAGGGUCCGACUCCGGUGGGUUGCUCCUUCUUGCGGCUGUGCACACGUUAGAGUUAUUGUAAGAUCUAGCCUCGGCUUUUACUAUGCAGAUGAUGACAAAGCAGAAAGAGAUUUGCUCUCGAAAGUCAUUUGUUCAGGAGAUUUCUCAAAUUCAUCAGAAAAUACGGAAACAUUCGAAAUCCCGAAACAUUAUUCAAAAGAGGAAAUUUUAAAAAAUAAGGUCGAGACUUUUUCUCACCUUUGCCAACAAAUAGAACAACACAACCCAGAAGAGAAUCGUUGGCCGUCGAAUUUUCUGGAAAAUCGUCAAAUGAGCCAACCGGAAAAGGAUAAUCCAAGAUGGGAAAUUCUGCAACUUAUCCUUGAUCAACGUCGUUCAGCUCUGCGGCAAUGCUGUCAAAUGAAGGAUCCAGUCAAUCAUCUCGAAUGCUUCUCUGACAUUCGGCGACAGCGUAUUGACCAGUUGUGUGGGGACGGCCAACCGGAACUACCAUUUACGAAAUUACGUUCUCCAUGGAUGGCAGAAAGACAAGAAAUGUGCUGCCAUGAACUUGGCGAAGACCGGUAUUCAUGCUUUAGUAAAAAUUCCAUUCAGACGAACGAUAGAAGUGAAUUCAACAUGAUUAUUCUUGAUGAAACUGAUCCAUUUAACGACUUAAACGACUACAUCAACAUCAAAUUGCUUCAGGUAAGUGUACACUCGAGAUUAUUCUCAACUGAUUUAUUUUUAAUCUAUCUAUCUAUCUAUCUAUCUAUCUAUCUAUCUAUCUAUCUAUCUAUCUAUCUAUCUAUCAGAAACGCCAGCGACCUAAGUGUGUUUGGGUCAGCUCCAGAAACAUCUACGACCGUUUUAGUCAAGGGAGUGACGUUGAGAGGCAAAGCUGCUGGUCGAAAGAAUCGUGCCGGUUCGAAACAGCUCCGGCCUGUCAGUUCAAUCAAAAGUGUCGACCGUUCUAGCGCCGACGAUGAUGUCAUAAAAACGGGUGGGAAAAAAGUUCAGAGAAUGAGAGAUGACCUUGUAGUAGAUCCAUUUGGUUCGAAACGGAUGAAAGAUGGCGAUUGUUGUACUGAAGGGCUUCGGAUAGGGUUUUCGCUGCCGAAAACUGUUUCUAAAGAAUCAGCUGAGAGGCUUUGUAACAUUGUGCGCUCGCACUACCAAAUACCAGUUUUUCGAAAUUCACAAACAUCCUGCUCCAAGUCGUUCCUCAGUUGUUGCUUGCAGUCUACUGUCGAUAAAUUUGGCAUACUUCCUGAGUCGACUGAUGCUAAUCAAAAAAGUCAAAUAAAACAAGAACAAAAUGGUAAUGAACAAAUGAAGGGAAUGAAAAAACUUCGUGGUGAAUUGAAGACGGAUGCGACAAAUGAUGAUCAUCUAAUGAAGAAUAUGGAAAAAGAAAACGUAGAAAAUACUGAAAAAAUGUCCAAAUGGUAUUUGCUAAAACAGCUGCUCGCCCCAUCUCCAGAGCCUAUAAGGUCUACUGGAAGAGUUUCGCAAGAAUAUGAUGAUGAUGAUGAUGAUGACGGUGACGAUGAUGAUGAUGAUGAUGAUGAUGAUGAUGAGGAUGAUGAGGAUGAUGACGUAUGUGAAGAGAUGGUUGCCCUUGCAGCACUACCGGAGCUGAGCGUACUACCGGGGCUGAAAUGCAAAGCAGUUGUGAAUGAAAUAUCUACUCGACUAAUUCACAUUUCAAAAGUAGUAUCUGCCACAACAGAUGGUGCCCCCCUCCCAACAUGA